AUGCUGAAUUUUUCUCAGCCUAAACUCUUCACUGCUCACAAGUUUAAGCUCAGUACAAGGUUGUCGAGAAUAACCAGCAUUUCUACCACAUGCAUUAAAGAGCCCACAAGCUGUUUUGAACAAUGUUAUAAGGCAUAGUAUCUCUCCUCUUGCACAGCAUAUUGUGUAUUUAAUCUGCAGGAGGGACUGGUCUUUAUCUGUUUGUUGUAAUGUUCAAUGUGUCGAAGAAUAAAAAAAAAUUAAUUCUGUUGAUUUAGUUAGUGUCGGACAUAUGUACCUUCGCAAGCAUUGCAUAUGCUAAUUAAUGUGCUCUAUGAGAUCAGCAAGCAUAUUUAAAUGAGCAAUGACACACUUCCACUCUCUUGCCAUCGUCAGAUUUUUGCUUGUCCAUCUCUUCUUUGCAUGUUCGGCGCUCCAGCAUUGUGCUGUUCAUGGUCUCAGCCUUUAACCUUUGGCUGCUUCAUCCAGCCUCCCAAGAACAAAACACCACCCAAUGCAUUUUGCAGGCACUUCAAGCCGCGAGACGUGCUGACCGGCGUGUAGCGCUAGCGGAUCGAGCCAUGCAAGUGGACGGCUUGUACCGCACUCUGGCCCGGUGGCGUCGCAACCACCUGGAUCCGCUCUUCUGGCGCGGUGCCCGACAGACCGACCGAAGGACAGGUGUUCCGCCGUCCAAGAAGGCGGGAAGCAACCGUGCGGCGUCGCCGGCAGCCAACUCGUUCGUGCUGUACGGCGCCGUGUUCGUGGGCGGUGCCGUGGCCUCCUUCAUGCUCGUGCUCGCCAUCCUGACGCCGUCCGGCCGAGCGGCCGCGAACCGCGCGCCGCUUGUGGCCGCACAGCUGGUGCGCCUCACUUAGUUGCUAGAAUCGCGCUGCUAAGCUCGGGGGCGCGCGGGCCGAAUUUCAACGGGGGCGAAAUGCAAAAAAAAAAAAAAAAAGAAGAAAAAGGAACUUCCCUAUACCGUGCAUUUGGUGCGCGUUAAAGGACCCCUCACCUGGCCACAUAGCAAACUUUGGUUAUACACUGGAAGGACUGUUCUACCGCAAUAAUUUUUUAAUUUGUUCAUUGAUAGCAAAGGUAUAAACAUUUGAAGUGCCGCGAACCCAUUAUUUCAGGAGGCGAGCGUCACCGCCAACAUCGACACUGAGAGUCU